AUGAAGAGAGGGUCCCUCCCAAACUUUAAACUCCCAACGUUGCUACCUUAUGAUGGCCGAGGUGAUCCUGAGAAUCAUCUCCAUGCUUUUAUCUCAGCUUUUCGAUUAUACUGUGUCUCUGACUCAGUUAUUUGUCGAAUUUUUCCGGUCUUCCUUCAAGAGACUGCUCGAAAAUGGUUCUGCGGUCUAGAAUCUAGGAGCAUAUUCUCCCUAGGAGAGCUGGUGAAUAAAUUUAUCCAUCGGUUUAUAUCUUCCAGGCCAACGACAAAGACCUCGGCCUAUCUGCUAAAUAUACAGCAGAAUUUGGGGCAGUCUCUCCGUUCUUAUGUACAAAGAUUUCAAGAUAAGAGCGUGCAGAUACCUGAUCCUAAUGAAAAGGUAAUCAUAGCCGUCUUUACAAAUGGGUUUAUUGUCGGAGAGUUGAACACCGAAGUGCACAAAAAAUACCUUCGAACACUUCGGGAAUUGUGGCAAAAGGUCGAGAAAGGCAUACAGUCUGAGGACUUGAACCGCAUAAACAGAGAAGCCCAAAUAGCUCGAUCAGGGCCUGAUUCCCGAAAGAAGAAGGAAUCAAGUCGAGGUGACCCUGGCACUACUGGCGGUUUUCAGAGUCUCAACCAAGAUCGCUGA